AUGGCUUCUGCACAAUUUCAGAUUUUAUCUAUUCUCUGUCGAAUAUCACGUCAAGCUGUAAUCGAUGCUCUUAAAGAAUUUGCUGCAACGACAAUGUUAUCACCAAGUGCAUUAUCACGCGAUGUAGUCAACAUAUAUGUAGGCACGUCUAUAGAACAAUUCCAGAAAACAACACUUGACAGUUACCGUUCACACAUUCAUUUUAUAUUAUCUAUUCUUGCAGAACAGCGUUUUAUAUCUGCAUUAAGAACAAAUUUCUAUACGAGAAGUGUUCUUGGUAGCAAUAAUUUUGUAACUUUUCCUGCCAUUUAUCCUCAACAAAUCGAUCCAACUCAAUCGUCAUCGAUACUAAAUGAAACAUGUCAAUGUGAUCGUACAAAUAAUUGUAUUUAUCCUGCUGGCAUUUAUAAUCAAUCGCGAUCUAUCAUUCCGAAUGAAGUCUUUUCACUUGAUGCAUCACCUCUAUUCAUGAUACCAGGAUUUCAAGUUGGAUGUGUACCACAAAAUGCAUUGUUUCAAUCAACAUUGGAAUGCUUUUACAAUCAAACAUGUUUAGAUAUUGUGAUUUCGUUGACUGGUGCUCUUCGCACUAUCUCACCUCUAAAUAUAUCAAACUCUAAUUCACGAUUUAGUCCAACAACAACAAUUGCUAUUCUUUUUGAUAAUCUAAUGAUUGAGUCUUGGGAGAACUCUAUUGAUUUUGCUACUUAUUUUCAAACUUGUGCACCUAAAAUCUGUUCAUAUUCAUAUGUACAACGGUUUUUUCUCAUUUACAUGAUUACAACCAUAGUUAGUGUCUUUGGUGGAAUUAGCGUGACAUUACAUAUAGCAUCUCCAUUGUUCGUCAAAUUCAUUUUAUAUUUAUAUCGCCGAUGGGUUUCAAUGCAAGAAACAGAAGAAAGAUAUGAACCAAAAAGAAAUUUACAAGAUCGUAUAUGGAAUUUUCUUAAGCGAAUUCGUCACAAAACUAUCACAUUGAAUUUGUUCAAGAAAACUUUAACCAAUGUUCAACAUGUUAGUUCACAACAAAUCAUUGUCAGAAAUCCAAGUAUCGAUCAAUUUCAACAUCUUCAUGACAUGUAUUCAUCAAUUCUAUCAUGUCCAUGUCGUAAUUCAUCAAUACCACGCUCGAAAUUCAUAUCCAUUGAAGUAGAAAUUCAUCCAUUUUGUACAAGUAAUUUUGUUCGUGAUGAUCGUUGGUUACAAUAUUGGACAAUGAAAUUUCUCAAUGGUAGCAUCGAUCCUACUCCAUCAUUUUAUUCCAAUGAUUUUCAAUGUUUUUACGAUGAACCUUGUGUUCAGAUGCUAAUUGAUCAGCGUCUUUGUGGUAAUAGAAAUAUCUAUUUACCAAUAGAUUUAAGUAAUAUAACAGCGCUUGAUCCAAACACUUUAAUCAAUUUUCACCCUCAAGAUCAAUUAGGAACGUUAAUGCUUAGUUCUCUUGUUAAUCAAUUGAUUUAUACAGCAAAUUAUACAUUGUACUAUGCUGAAUGUCAGCCAGAGAUAUGUACUUAUACGAUAGAUCAGGAAUUACAUGCUAUUGCUCGUAUUAACUUAGUUAUUGGUCUGAUUGGUGGACUAACUAUUCUACUUCCAAACACGAGAUGUUCCUUUACAUUGGAGAAUGAUUUUUAUCUAUAG